AUGGAGACUAAAAUUAGAGGUGAAAGGGCUAGGGAGAUUACAAAUAGACUUCCCUUUGACGGUGCUAUCCACACGAAGACCAUUGGUUAUGCGGGUGGUUUAUGGUUGCUGUGGAAUUCUGACAGAGUAGAGAUUACGACGUUAGCCAACACUAAACAGGGAAUUCAUACCAUGGUAAAGGUACGAAAUUCUGACUUUAGCUGGUUGUUUACUGCAAUUUAUGCAAGUCCUAGAAUUGCGGAAAGACAUAUCUUAUGGGAAAAUUUAAUUAAAGUUGCUGAGAUGCAUGAUAUGCCUUGGGUGUUAGCUGGUGAUUUUAAUGAACCUCUUAUGGAGGGCGAUAAAAUUGGGGGUAGGGCUGUUAGUGUCAGUAGAUCAUUACUUUUUAAGGAAUGUUUGGAUAAAUGUAGUAUGAUUGACAUUGGGUUUGCUGGUCCGCGGUUCACGUGGACUAAUAAAAGAAAUGUUCAAGCCCUCAUUCAAGAGAGGAUUGAUAGAUUUUUUGUUAAUCCUAGUUGGUGCCUUAUGUUCCCUGAAGCAAAAGUGGUUCAUUUGACUAGAUGCCAUUCUGACCAUUGCCCUGUGCUGCUGGAUAUGCAGCCGAGAGUUAAUGCUAUUAGGAAGAAACCUUUUAAGUUUCAAACUUGUUGGUUGUCUAACCCAACCUUUCCCAACAUAGUAUCUCAAGCGUGGAGACAUUACCCCAUGCUUGCAGAUGCUAUAGCUUCUUUCACUAGAGAGGCCGAGAAGUGGAAUAAAAUGAAGUUUGGAAAUGUCUUUGCUAGAAAAAACAAUAUCAUGGCUCGUUUGAAUGGUAUUCAACAGGCUGUAGCGAUUAAACCAUCAAAUUCCCUCCUAAAUCUUGAGAGUGAGUUGCUUAAAGAGCUGGAUAAUGUGCUGAAUCAGGAGGAAGAAAUUUGGGCUUUAAAGUCUAGAGUCAAUUGGAUGAUUCAAGUAUAUUCCUCAUCUCUCUCUAGUGCUUCUUGGUCGAUUCCUUUUACCACUACAUGGCAAGGAAUAUUGUCAGAUGAGGAAAGAGUGAGUAUUAGUGGGGUUGCUUCGGUGGAGGAGAUUAAAAAUGCCUUGUGGUCUCUAAAGGCUUUUAAGGCUCCUGGACCGAAUGGCUUGCAUGCGGGGUUUUUCCACAGAUUUUGGUUAAUUGUUGGUAAUUCUGUGAUUGAUUUGGUGAAGAAAGUUUUUGUUGAGAGGAAAGUUCCAGAGUUCUUGAAUAGGACCCACAUUGUCCUUAUUCCUAAGAUUCAAGGUCCGGAGACUUUGGGUAACUAUAGGCCUAUUAGUUUAUGCAAUACAGUCUAUAAAGUGAUUACUAAGAUUAUUGUUGCUAGACUUAGACCCUUUUUGGAGAAGAUCAUAUCCCCUCUUCAAGCUGCCUUUGUUCCAGGGAGGAAAGGCAUUGAUAAUGCAAUCAUUGUGCAGGAAAUUGUUCAUACCCUUAGCAAAAAGAAGGGGAAAGUAGGGUUUAUGGCCAUUAAAGUGGAUUUAGAGAAAGCGUAUGACAAGCUUGAGUGGAGCUUUAUAAGAUGCAUGCUUAUUAGAGCAAAUUUGCCCGCUGAUCUAAUUGAUAUUAUUAUGAGCUGUGUUUCUACAGUUUCGACCUCGAUAUUGGUGAAUGGAGAAACUUUAGACCCCAUUUAUCCAUCUAGAGGGAUUAGGCAAGGGGACCCUCUCUCCCCAUACUUGUUUAUUUUGUGUAUGGACUUCCUUGACCAACUUAUCCAAGAAAAAUGUGAGCCAAAAUUAUGGCAGCCUGUAAAGGCUUCUCAAAGUGGGCCAUCCUUUUCGCAUUUAUUUUUUGCGGAUGAUUUGGUGUUAUUUGGGAGGGCUGAUGGGAGGAGGUGUGCUGUUAUUAGAGAUGUUUUAGAUGAAUUUUGUAGCAUGUCGGGGCAAUCAGUGAGCAUUACCAAAUCUAGAGUGUAUUUCUCUCCCAAUGUGGAUAGGGAUACAAGAGAAUCACUUUGUGACAUUCUUGGUUUUGCUUCCAUGCCCUCUCUUGGUAGAUACCUUGGGUUUCCCAUAAAGCAUCCGGGUUCCACCACUCAAGAUUUUAAUUUUAUCUUGGAUAGAGUCAAGCAAAAAUUGGCCGGGUGGAAAGCUAAUUUGCUCUCUCUGGCUGGCCGGGCUGUUUUGAUUCAAGCUUCCUCAUCAACUAUCCCUUCGUAUGUCAUGCAAGGCACUUACUUACCAGGAAGAAUCUUGGAUGGUAUAGACCGGGUUAAUAGAAAUUUCUUGUGGGGCUCAUCGGAGACUACUAGGAAAAUUCAUUGGGUUGGUUGGCAAAAAGUAACAAAGACUAAAGAAGAAGGUGGGCUGGGUUUGCAAGAGGCGAAGGGUAGAAACACUGUGCUCCUUGCUAAAUUGAAUUGGAGGUUUCAUACGGAAGAUGAUGCUCUAUGGGUGAGAGUGCUAAAAAGAAAGUAUUGUAGCAACAGGAGAUUAAAUGCUGUUAAUAUGGAUAGGCUGCCUUGUUCUCAGAUUUGGAGGGCCAUCAAGAAGGGUAGGGAAACUUUUAACAAAGGAAGCAUGUGGGUGGUUCAUAGAGGCAGCACUCUUAGCUUUUGGCUGGAUAAUUGGACAUGUAAAGGUCCUAUCCGUAGCCUCAUUCAUGGUCCUUUAACCCGUGAAGCAAGCCAUUGGAAGAUUAAAGAUGUUUUGGUAAGUGGAGGUUGGGAUUGGAGUCGAAUUCCCUUUGAGCUUACCCCUGAAAUUAAAUCGAUCAUCCAAGCCAUUCCUAUUUCCGUAGGGGAUGGAGGAAGGGAUAGGUUAGGAUGGAGAGGUAAUGCUAGAGGUUGUUUUGAUCUCAAAAGUGCCUAUUCUUUUGCUAGAGAGGUGGAUGAGGUGGAGGAUGUGGGUAUUAUAGAUGCAAAUUGGAUUUGGAAAUUAGAUAUGCUCCCUAAAAUUAAGACUUUCCUAUGGAGAUGUGUUCAUAAUAGCAUAGGAGUAAAAACGUGCCUUACUAGAAGAGGUUUUGGGGAUGAUGGAGGGUGUCCCGUUUGCCUAAGAGAGCCGGAAACUAUUUUGCAUGCUCUUAGAGAUUGUCCAAGAGUAAAACAUAUAUGGUAUCAGCUGGGUGUGAAGGGAAAUAAUGGUGUUUUUUGGAGGACCAAUCUGCACAAGUGGCUGCAAAAUAAUGGAAAUGUGGGAUGUAGUCCUAUCCAAGGGAAGCCUCCUUGGAGAGUUAUGUUUAAUUUUGCUAUGUGGUGCAUUUGGAAGAGCAGAAAUUCUUUUGUUUUCAAUAGAAAGACCCCUAAUCCGAACCUGUAUAGGGAGAUUUCUAAUCAAGCUGUUGAGUUUAUGUACUGUGUCUCUUCUCCUCGCAGCCCAGUCCGAAGAACCAGCAAGAGAAUCAGGUGGGAGAAGCCUCCUUUGGGAUGGAAAAAAUUGAACACUGAUGGUUCAGUUAUUGGGUGUAUGGAGCAGGCCGGAUGUGGAGGGGUAGUGAGAGAUGAGCAUGGGAGUUGGGUUGCCGGAUUCACUAGGCAUGUAGGAGCUACUAAUAGUUUUGCUGCUGAAUUAUGGGGGCUAAGGGAUGGUCUUUUGUUGUGUAGUAGUUUGAAUAUCUCUUACCUUAUUGUUGAGAUAGAUGCCAAAGUGAUUGUGGAUGUCAUUAAAAAUUCUGCCUAUGUAAAUCAAAUUAUAUCUCCCAUUUUGGACGACUGUAGGCAACUGCUGACUGGAUUUCAGCAAGUUCAGCUGAAACAUUGUUACUGUGAGGCUAAUCGUUGCGCGGAUUUGAUGGCUAGAAUAGGGGCUGACUAA